ACAUAGUACCCUUCAACGAAUUUUGAACUUCUUUCUAGGGAAAUAGGUGUAACUCCUUCCCGAGUGUAAUUUUCCACCCGGAAAGUUUUUAUCGUCGAACAAUGAUGGCGUCGGCCGUCCAGCGUGGGAGCGGUGAUCCCGGAGCGGCACCUUAUGGAAAUUUUAUAAAUUACUACACGUUCAACCCCCCGGAAAAUCGUUUAACCCUCAUACCACGUACCUUACUACGGGAUAUAGGAUAUAGUUCUGAAACUACUGAAAACAUAACCGUACUUGAUGUUGGGUGUAAUUCUGGGGACUUAACCGUGGCGCUGUAUCGACAUCUUCAGGGACAAGAGUCCAGUGGUCGUACGGCAGAGGGGUGGGUACACCUGCUCGGCUGUGACUUGGACAAAGGGCUCAUUUUGCGAGCAGAGCAGUCUAACCCUUUGCCCGAUAGCAUUUCGUUUAUCCAUCUUGAUGUCACUAAUGAUCAACACAGUCGGACGCAGCUAGGGAGCUACCUGAGCAAGUUUGGUCGUUCCAGCUUUGACCUGUGCUUAUGCUUGGCGGUCACAAUGUGGGUGCACCUGAACCACGGCGACGAGGCACUGCUAGAGCUCCUCUCCCGCCUGGCCUCCCUCUGCCAUCACCUGCUUCUGGAAACCCAGCCUUGGAAAUGUUACCGCUCGGCAGCGCGCCGAUUGCGCAAGCUGGGCCGAGGGGAUUUCGAGCAUUUCAAAACACUUAAGAUCCGCGGGGACAUGGAGGAACACACCAGGCACCAUCUGGAGAGAAAUUGCGGCAUGAAGCUGGUGCGGUGCUUUGGCAGCACAGCAUGGGACCGCACAUUGAUGCUCUUUACAAGAAACGCAAUAGAGACGGGAAAAGAAGAAAAUGAACAAUAUCCAGAGACAACACAAAUCACGACUUGAUGGUUGAUGUAAUUGCACUUUUAAACGCCAGAUGGCAGCAACGACUCUGUCUGGAAAAGGACAAUGGCAGUUGAAUUACUUUUAUUAUUGUUAUCAAUAUUAUUAUUAUUA